AUGGCGGAGGACUGGACACCGGACAUUGUGGUCGGCGUCGACUUUGGCAUGACUUGCACAGGUGUCGCCUAUUCGUACGGACCGAGCUGGCCAGCGCCCAAAUCCAUCCAACACUGGCCAGGCCUGAUGGGCUCCGAGAUCGCCACGAAAGUCCCUAGUCACCUCCUGUACUGCGACGGCUCGAAAAAAUGGGGAUUCCAAUGCGAUAAAACCCUCGCCGAUGCAAAGGACAUUAAACAGUACUUCAAACUGAACUUGGACCCGCAGUUUCGAGACCCACGGCCCAACGCACCCACGAGGGAAGACGCCGCGAGAUAUUUCCAGGACUAUAUCUACUGUAUCUAUCAAUACACCGUGACGUACUUGAAGAAGAGUCUGCCGCGGUUCGAGGGGAGUAAGAUUGAGUUUAUCUUCAGUGUUCCGACGACAUGGAAGGACCCGCGAAUGGUUGCUGAGCUGCGAAGCUCAAUUCAAUUCGAUACGCCGAAUCAUCGGGCCGUUAUAGGGUUGACGGAGGCCGAGGCUGCAGCGGUUUACGUUAGCGGGCAGCACUAUCAGAAAAACGAUGUUAUCCUUGUCUGUGAUGCUGGAGGGGGUACCACAGACGUCAACGUUCUCAAAUUAGCCUCAUUACCCCAUGAGCCGACUGUGUAUAGUCCGCUUGGGUAUGUCGAAGGAAAACCGAUUGGCUCUGUCUUUAUUGACCUUGGGGUACAUCAACUCCUCUGCAAAAAGCUCGAAGCUAUUCGCCAUGCUUUACCAGGACCAAUCGACGAUAUCGCAUGGCAAAUUAUGGUUGGUCGAUUUGAGCGCUUCAAAUGCUCAUUUGGCGCCGAGGGAAUGGAACUUCCCGCCCUGAAGCUUGAUCUACCAGCUGCAGCCCAGGAGUCACAUUCUCCAGAUCAUGGAAUAUUGAACGGACAGCUGUAUAUGUCCAGUGAUGAGAUUCAAGAAGUAUUCAACAGCAAGAUCGAGGAUUUAUUCGGCCUACUCGACGAGCAGAUUCGUCGACUGCAAUUGAGUCAUCCGGCAGAGAAAAUAUCCUUCUUGGUUCUAUCUGGGGGCUUCGGAAGCUGUCCAUACGUCAAGAAGCGACUGACAGACCGAUAUCAGAGUGAAAAUUAUCUCGUUCCAGAGGGGAUCAGAGUCCUUACGGUAGACGAGCCACAACUGGCCGUCGUACAAGGCCAGGUCAUGAAUCGAAUCCAGCAGCUCAAACAAGGUGCCACCGUUUUCGAUCAUCUUUACAGCCCCGUCAGUUACGGUGUGAUCUGCGACUGGGUAUACGAUCCCAAAAAGCACAACGGCGAACCAACAAGGUACGACGAACGCAACAGCAGGACCUACGCCGUAAACCAGAUCGACUGGCUUGUUCUACAGGGUGACCGCGUCCCACGAACCGGGGUAUCCAAAGAGUUCCCCCGAAAAGUUUACCCCAAAGACAUAUGUCGACCGUGGAUGGCGCAGAUCGUCAUGUCCACGCUUCCUCUCCACCAACUCCCCCGAAGCAUGUCACAAUCCGGCGCGAGACUUAUCUGCGAACUCGAAGUCGAUAUGUCCAAUGUGGAUAAGAAAGCCAAGAACCACCGAUGGUACCAUCGCCACCCGGUGUACUUCAUGGCAACGAUAAUCGUCAAGUUAAUUAUCGAGCCUGUGGGCCUACAAUUUGAGCUGUGGAAUCGCGCGGGCCAGAAAAUCCGAACACAGAGCCAGAUGCAGAGUGCGGCUCAGGGACACCCUGAAAGACAAAGUCAGGGUCCGAUUCGGAUCCACUGGGAGUCAAUCCCAGAGAAAAUGCAGGACGAGACGGAUGGAAAUCGGCGGAUCUCGUCGCCUGGAGGAGGUCCAAUCUCGGAGAUGGGGGGGGCUUCUUGGAGGGCGGAGUUGCCCGAUAAUGCGAUUAUACCUGGUAAAUAA